CCAAUUAGAUCUGCCCAUGGAAGAAGGUACCCAAUACCACUGAGAAGUGAGAGGUCUUCUCCAAGUCUUUUGUCGCUGAAAUCCCACUAAGAAAAUGGCGGCGUCAACGAUCUCCUCCUCCUCCUCUGCCGCCGCCUGCUCUUCUUCCCUCUCUCCUCGCUCCUCCAAGAGAAACCCCUCAAGAUCCUCGCCAUGACCCCCCCCCCCCCCCCCCCCCCCCCUAAAAAAAAACAAAUAAGAAAGAAGCUACAGUUCCUUCCCCAAUGGCCGAUUUUUUUGAUCGCCUAUACCAUCUACUGACCCUGAUCCCGAUUCGGGUUCAAGGUGAAUCGGUACGACGAGAACUGGGAGAAGCGGUGGUACAGGGAGAGGAGCUGAGCGUGGACGCGGUGCUCAGGAAGCGCAAGGUCCUCAACGGCGUGGAGAAGGCCGGCCUCCUCUCCAAAGCCGAGCAGCUCGGCUUCACUUUCUCCUCCAUCGAGAAGCUCGGGUUCCUCUCCAAGACCGAGGAGCUCAGCCUCCUCGAGCGGGCCGCCUACGCCUCACUCUCCGCUCUCGCCUCGACGUCGCCGCCGUUCCUGCUCUCUGUAGUUGCCGCCGUCGCCUCCCCGUUCGGGGCUGGCGCCGCCCGGCACUUCGGUGGGGUCGGUCGUGCUGGGCGGCCUGCCAGACUCCGACCGAAGGGGGACGAAGCUAAGGGUCCGGUAUGGUGCUCCGCGGUGCACGUCUUGAGAGUGCAGUAGUAUAUCCUAGAUAGAUUUGCUGACUCCACCCUGGAUGCAACUUCAUCUGUAAGGUCUAACGCAUGAUUAGAGGAUUGCCACAAGGUUGAAUGCCUACCACUUGCUUCCCACGAUAUGCAUUGAUAUGCUUGUUUACUGAUCUCACCAUUUCUUUGGAUGUGGAAGCUCAUCUGCUUACAUGCCGAUAAAUGUGCUUCACAAACUCAAGCAACCAGAGGUGGAUGUACAUACUGCGAGGACAGAAAAAAUGUUAUACUCCUGUCUUAUUAGCGGAUGCAGUCUCACAAGCUUCGAGUAUCUUUUGGGCAGAUGGCACGGACAAUCAAUUGCUACCAUGUUCCCCGGUGCUUCGCAUUGAAACAAAUUUAUCUUGAUUCAUUUUUCUUGACGGGUUUCAGAAAUCACUCUCAUGGAGCUUAUUCUGUAAAACAUAUCUUUUCAGAAGAAGCUUAAACGUUAACUGCUUUGAAGAACAUAAAUUGAGUUCAAUCAUUCUACCUGUACAGUUUGAUCAUGAAGUACUGGUGGUUGAAGAACAACAGAGGUCAUCAAUGACUUCUAACCUGUUUUGAGUUUUGAUGCUUUGGUCGACUUUCUUAUUUGUAGCUUACCUUGAUAAUUUCUUGACUGGAAGUACAUAUUUUGUGCCGGCA